UACACAUAAAGGUUUGUGUCAGUGUAUGAAUGUGCUCUUUCCCUCCCCUAGUGUUUGUCAGGCUGGUGAAUGGGACCAGUCUGUGCUCAGGCAGACUGGAGGUGAAGACCAACCAGUCUACCCAGCGCUGGUCUUCAGUGUGUGAAGAUGACUUUCACCGGCAGGAUGCAGAGGUGGUCUGUAGGGAGCUUGGCUGUGGGGCUCCUUCAGUCCUCCAGGGGGCGCUCUAUGGAGAAGUGGAGCCUCCAAUGAGGACCAAAGAGUUCCAGUGUGGAGGCAACGAGUCUGCUCUCCUGGACUGUAGAAGCUCAGGCUCAGAUAGAAACAACUGCUCCUCUGGAAAAGCUGUUAGACUCACCUGCUCAGAUCCUGUCAGGUUGGUGGGAGGAUCCAGUCGCUGUGCAGGAACACUGGAGGUGAAACAAGGAGACUGGAGACCAGUGGAUGGCUCUGAUUGGACCCUGAAGGAAGCAGCAAUAGUCUGUGAAGAGCUGGACUGUGGCUCUGCUCUUUCAGCAGGAAUAAGAAAUGAGUCCUUAUCCAAAUCUGCAUGGGAGAUCAGUCCUAACUGUAUUCACUCUGGGUAUACCCUGAGAGAGUGCGUAAUAUCAGGUUCCUCUUCCUCCAUCAUGAAGAUCACCUGCCUAGGUAAGCCCAUCACUGACAUCUGA